UGGGUGCGAAGCGAUUGCGGCAGCGCAAAGGGCUGGCAUCUGGGCUUUCCCACUCUGCUAGCAGAGAGGGGGAAUUAAGGGUCGGUGGUCUGCUUCCUGUUAGGAGGACUCCCUCCAUCUGCUCACCGCCCAGCCUGUUUCCAAUUUAAAGCCCCAGAUUUCAAUACCAACCUCAAAUUUCUUUUCCCCAUUUGAAAUGCAAAGCAGGGCUUGGGAAUCAUAGUGUCUCUGGCUGCUGGGAUUUCGACCAAAUUCCCCCCCAAAAUUUGCAGGCUAUUUGCUUGAAUACCUGCUUACAGUGGUACACAAUGGGACAGCUUUGAGAAGAAAAAUUGAUAAUCUUCACGGAAGAGUAAUUUGAAUGAAAUCACACUUGACAGCCUGUCUCCAAGCAAACAAGAGGCGCGAGGGAGCCUUAGCUUAAGCUCCCAGGACUUGCUUUUAAACCGCUGCUGGUGUAGCUUCCCAGGAAAAAGAAAAAAAAAAAAAAAAGAAAGAAAUAUCACCAGUUUUUCCAGCAUCUAAUUGAGCUUUUGAUUGAUUCUACUGAAGAAAGGUAGCCAUGGAAGAGAACAUGGAAGAGGGACAGACACAAAAAGGGUGCUUCGAGUGCUGUAUUAAAUGUCUGGGGGGCAUUCCCUAUGCUUCUCUCAUUGCUACCAUCCUGCUCUAUGCUGGGGUUGCUCUGUUCUGUGGCUGUGGGCAUGAAGCACUUUCUGGCACAGUCAACAUUCUGCAAACCUAUUUUGAGAUGGCCAGAACUGCUGGAGAUACACUGGACGUCUUUACCAUGAUUGACAUCUUCAAGUAUGUGAUCUAUGGCACUGCAGCUGCAUUCUUUGUCUAUGGCAUUUUGCUGAUGGUGGAAGGUUUCUUCACAACUGGAGCCAUCAAGGACCUCUACGGGGAUUUCAAAAUCACCACUUGUGGCAGAUGUGUGAGCGCCUGGUUUAUUAUGCUGACGUACCUUUUCAUGUUGGCCUGGCUUGGAGUCACAGCUUUCACCUCCCUGCCAGUUUACAUGUACUUCAAUCUGUGGACCAUCUGCCGGAACACCACAUUGGUGGAGGGAGCGAAUCUCUGCCUGGACCUUCGUCAGUUUGGUAUUGUGACAAUUGGAGAGGAAAAGAAAAUUUGCACCGUCUCUGAGAAUUUCCUGAGGAUGUGUGAAUCCACUGAGCUGAACAUGACCUUCCACUUGUUCAUCGUGGCACUUGCCGGAGCUGGGGCAGCAGUGAUUGCUAUGGUUCACUACCUUAUGGUCCUGUCUGCCAACUGGGCCUAUGUUAAAGAUGCCUGCCGGAUGCAGAAGUAUGAGGACAUCAAGUCCAAGGAGGAGCAGGAGCUUCAUGAUAUUCAUUCCACUCGCUCCAAAGAGCGGCUCAAUGCAUACACAUAAGCAAACUUCUGUCCUUUCUGCCAUUUGAAUGCAUUGGUGUUUAAGUAAGGGCCAUCCAACCAUGCAAACUUAUAAAAAACAAAACAACAAAACAAAAACAAACAAAAACAAAGUAAAAGUGCUUCUCAUCAAGGAGAUGUAAGGUGACUUAAGAAUCAUCUGAACAUAAUUCUUUGUUGUUUAGCACUUAUAUUUCCUAAUUUGUCAAAUUGGAACAAUCAAAUCUCAUCUACAAGCUCCUAUCCAGCCAUUUUUCCCUUUUUUUUAAUUUCUAAGACUCCUUUAUUAUUAACUCAUCAUAUCAAAUAUACUAACACUGUCAAAAGAUUUAUUUGACUUUUAACCACAUUUCAUGUGUUCUAUGUAACACCGAUUGCAUUAUUUCUUAUGUUUUAAAAAGAAAAAAAAUAGCUUUUUAUACUUUUCAGUUUUGAUUUCAAUAACUAGUUUAGCUACAGGUAACCUCAAAGGGAACAUUGUACAUUAUGGACAAUAGACAGAUGCUAUCAUGGUGACUCUCCUGGAAAUAUGGAAAUCUUGUUUGAAGACCAGUGAUCCUAUGACUAUAGGCCCUGGUUCAUGUUUUCAUCAACUUAAGGUGCAAUUUCUAAAUUUGUAAGAGUAGGUUUAAAAAAAAAGUGCUUCUUAUCUUUGUUAACAUUGUAUUAUUUUUCUCGAUGUACUCAAAGGCAUUCCUCUCUGAUUCUUCAAGUUUAUGUUGUGAGCAUGUAGAAACAAAGAUGCUAAUUAAUGCAUGGCAAGUUGCCUUUUUAAGAUUGUGGAACCAGGCUGAUCAUUUUCAAGUUUAAUCUAGAGGAUAUUUUAAAGAAAAUAACGAUCGUGGACUUCUUUGUGAUUUAAGUAGUGGCUGGAUUGGAACUUUUAAUAUGCUAAUGUGGGACAUUCAUUACCUUUUAUGAAGGUGUGAGACAUGAAAAAUAAGCACACUAACCCCAUGGAAGUUGUUUUACCUACUUUAAAAGCUGUAAUGGAUUGCACCUCUGUUAAACACUCCCUAAAAUGUGUAUGAUAUAUUUGAAAAGGCUUCCAUUAAUAUAAUAGCUUUGCUUGCAGCCUUCCCAUCUAUGUUGGUUUACCUGUAGUGUUCUUUUUAAGUGUGGUCAGAAACCACAAUAGAAUGUAUCCUUUCCGAGUAUAGUGAGAUAUUUGUGUCUUUCUUUCAAGUAACUCAUUUGAACCAGAUAUUCAUUCAUAUUCAUUUAUAUAAGAAGUACCUAUAUCAAAGGAAUAAAAAAAAUCAGUAUUAUCGGACCAAAUUUGGUGUUUGUUUUAACCUUGACUCUUUUUUUGAUCCUUUCUAAUGCUACAGGAAUGCUAUAAAGUGUCUUUUAAAAUGAUGUAGCCUGACAAGACAUUUUUGUCAGUGUUUAAAAAAACUAGGUAGUAUUGUGCACUGAUUUGACCAUUGUGAAAUUAUUUCUCAGUGUAAGAGCAUUUCUAAUAAAAAUAUAUGGAGUGAAACAAUCUUUGUACAAUGACUAAGUCAUGCAUCAUGCGUAAUUUUACAAGUCCUUGUAGUAUGUAGGGGGUAUUAUUUAGGUUUCUCUGUGGCAUGAUUAUGCAUUCUGUAGUAUUUUUUAAUUAAUUUGGGGUUGGUUUUGCUUCUCUUUCUCUCUCUUUUUUUUUUACACUUAGACUAUCUUACUGGUUCAAAAUCUUUCUGAUAUAUGCAGUAUUACAGCUAUUCAGCAAAAGUAUUAAUGGGCUUCUUUAAAUUCAAUAUUAUAGUGUUUCAGUUCUGUGUCCUAACAAUUUGUGAUGAUUUUUAAAACUGUCUUUUAAACUUAUGUAAUGAUGGUUGAUGCUUUUGGCUUUUUUUUCUGGUAUUAGAGUUUGUAUUUUCACAAAGAGUGCUUUGUAGCAGGCAUUACAAUUAAUCUGUUUUGUACAUAAAUGUACCAACAGCUUGAUGGUGGCGUUUUUGAAAUGUAGAACAAAGUGCUUGCAAAAUGUAAUAAAUACACUUGUGUACUUUGUGUACUUA